AUGUUUGAUCGCAGAUAUGAGAAGCUGCAGAUCCUGGGAAGCGGUGCAUACGGCACCGCUCUGCUUGUGCGCGAGCGAUCGGGGGGCGGCACAAAGUAUGUCGCGAAGGAGAUCAAUGCGGCACACUUGGGCGAGAAGGAGAGACAGCUUGCCUUGGCGGAAGCGGAUGUCUUGCGGCGGGUGUCCCACGCGAACAUCAUCCGCUACGUCGAGUCCUUCAUGGAGGGGCCGAAGUUGUACAUCGUCAUGGAGUACGCAGACAACGGGGACCUGGCCGUGCAGAUCAAGCGUCGCAGUGAAGCGCAAGGACGCUUUACGGAGGAUCAGAUCAUGCACAUCCACCUGCAGCUUAUUCUUGCGCUGUCGCAUAUACACGACUGUAAGAUCCUCCACCGCGAUCUGAAGCCCCUGAACAUCUUCCUGACGCGGCGCUGGAUCGUGAAGCUGGGAGACUUCGGAAUCUCCAAGGUGCUGGAGAGUACAACUGCUGGCGCGCAGACGACCAUCGGCACGCCUUUGUACUUGGCUCCGGAGAUCUGCAAUGGCGACAGCUAUGGCAUCAAAAGCGACCUUUGGGCUUUGGGCGUCGUCACCUAUGAGCUAGCAGCCUUGCACGUGCCCUUCCAGGCAACCUCCAUGGUGGCUCUCAUCAUGAAGGUCUGCUCUGCUGAGCCAGAGCCGAUCCCCAUGCUGUACUCGCAGCAGUUGGUGGACAUCGUGUCGGGACUUCUUCAGAAGGAGCCGCGCAAGCGUCUGGCGCUGGACGAUGUCCUGCGUCUGGACUAUGCCCGGCACCACAUGCACAGCCUCCUCGAGCGCAGCCGGGACAUGGCCCGGGAGGUGCAGGCCCCUCUCCGGACCCGCAAGCCUGCGCCCCACCCCUUGGCGCCGGCGAGCCCCGGGGGCCAGGACACGUCGCAAGCUGUCCGCGCCGAGUACUUCCUGAACAAGGAGGUGCAGCGCUCUGUGACGGACAUGAGCAAGGGCGAGGGCAUAGUGCUCUUGACUGGACGGCCAUCUGUUCUCUUAAGGCCAGACCCUCCGCCGCUGCACGUGCCGCGCGCCGCCCCGCGCGCGGCCAGCGCCCCUCGGGUGCCCCACCGGGAGAGCCCAGAGCCGGAGGACAAGCGGGCAGAGGUGCGACGUCGCUCACAAGAGGCGCGCGCAGCCGAAGAGGCCGCCUGGAAGAAGAAGCUCGAGGAAGCGCGGCGUCAGGUCGUCCAGGACAAGCUGGCCGCCAAGCAGCGGAUGGAGCAGGACUAUCGCUCGCGCUUCGGAGGUGCAGAGCCAUCUGAGCGAAGCGUCAGCAGCGACGCCUCUCCGAACGCAACGCGGCCCUCAGACCGGCGAUCCGAGUCGGAGAAAAGUGGGAGCAGCGACCUUUCUCCGGGCGCCCCGCAGACGCCAGAGGCGGCCUUCUUGCCGGAGCCGGAGCCAGAACGGGACGACGCCACGGAGCUGCGCACCAUGUUGGAGGCUGCCUUGCAGGAGCCCCGCAUGGUUGGUGUCGACGUGGUGCUGCAGGAUGCCCACGGCACCGAAAAGGAGGCCGACACCGAAAAGUUCGAAAAGUUGGAGGCGGCGCUGGACGAGGGUGCGCAAAAGCAAAACCUCGAGACCGUCCGGCACGUCCUGGAGCAGCGGGCCGAUGUGAACGCCAAAUGUUGUGACGGAAGAGAUAUGACGCCACUGCAUGUGGCAGCAAGGCAUGGCAACGAGGAGAUGGCAAAGCUCCUCAUCGACUACAAAGCCGACGUGCACGCCAGGGCCAGGGGAUUUUUAAGCCUAACGCCCCUGCACUGUCUUCCCUGGGCUGAGAAGUACCCCUAUGAAAAGUCAGUAGCAGUGGCCAAGCUCCUUAUCGAUCACGAAGCCGAUGUCCUUGCCAGAAGCGAAGCUAUCGCCAGCACACCCCUGCAAGAAGCACAACGUGCCGGCCACGCGCAGGCCACGGCUUUCUUGAAGAUGGUCUUUACGUUGAAUUUACCGAUGGAGGCCCAGGCAGAAAGUCUUGCUUUCUUAUUGCUUGCCGAGGGCAGCUCCUACACCGAGCUGGUGGAGGCCAUGCUGCGGGAGGUGCCCUGUGAAUGGCAGCAGCGAGUCCGAGACCGUGUCUGCACCUUUCUGUACCCAAGGGAGGAGGGGCCCUGCCGACACAAAAAACUUUCUGAAGGAUUUGGCAAGAUUGGCACUGACCAAUACUUCUUCAAUGCCCCAGAGGUCGAGACAUCACUGAUGGUCCUUGACCAGUUCCCUGCCACACUGACACGCGAGGCACAGGUGCUGAGAGCCAUAGCCCAAACUGCAAACGACCAGACGCUGGGCACGGACACAGUCGAAGUCAUCCUGCAGAACGUGGCGUGUCUGGUCUGUCUUGUAUGGGUCACGUGCUUCGGCGACUCGCAGAUCCAGCUGCCGCUCUGGUUUCUGGGCAUCUCGUUGACGAAGGAAGCCGUGGAAUGGCUGUGGCAGGUGGCUUGCCGGCUAUGGCAGGUGGCCUGCUGCUCUGGCUCUUCUGGCUCUUUCGGAAUGGAGACGCUUGGUGAUGCUGCCUUCCUGUUGGUGGGCUUUGCCGCCAUCACGAAGCAGAUGCAACAACAGGAAGGGCUCGACCAGGUCUUCCUGCCGUGGUUUGCGGUCAUGUCGUGGCUGCGAUGCCUGUAUAGCUUCCGUGGCGAGAAGUGGGUCGGCCUGCACAUGCUGCCGAUCAUUUCCGCAGUGCGAGACACCGGUGCGUUCUUCUUUGUUACUGGCAUGUGCCUUGCAGCUGCGACCCAUGCUUACUUCAUCCUCGGUCCCAGGGGAGAAGACCCGCUGCCGGUCUAUUCUGCCUUUCUACACACGGCCCGCCUCGGCCUCUUCGGCGACUUCGAUAUCUUCGAGUUCCAAGGCCAAGACCCAACGUACCAGCGCAAUGGCCUCACGGGGGAAUGGGAACCCCAGGACCCGAGUCCUGAAGAGUUGGGCCAGCGACAAUACGUCUACGUCCACCUCUCCUUCUUCAUGGUCGGCAUUGGGAUCACGAUUUUGCUGAUGAACCUCCUCAUUGGCAUCCUAGGACAAAAUUAUGAAGUGCAUCACGAGCGGGCCCAAGUGCUCUUCGUGCAGGCCCGGGCUCGGAUGCUCCUCGAGCACGGCUGCCGCCCUUGGGCCUGGCUCACCUGCGCAUAUCGGCCACAACAGUACCAGGAAUCCACAGAGUCCUUAUCCACAGAGGCUCCCCGAGCCCUUCAUUGCCUGUUUUUCUCCAUUCUGCCUCUGAUGCUUGCCUUUGGCAUUGACCCCACAUUCCCAUCGCACGUGUUGAGGCUACUAGGUUCUUCGCGGCACCAGUCUGUGGGACGCUGGCGCAGCAGGUGCUUCCAAGCUGCCGUGCUUCUUUGCUGCCCAUUCCUGUUCGGCCUCUCUCUGGCGGGAGCGGUGCUCUUUGCCAUUUUCGCCUUUGCCUUACUCCCUUUCGGAGUUCGUGUUCAGGGCUUGCAGCACACCAUGCGCACGGCCUUGUUUGGCGACUUUGGGGAUGGUAUCUGGGCAUCUCGAUGCCACAUUUAUUGCCUCGUCCGCAAGCAACCGAAUGCCGAUAAUGUCCGCGGCAUGCGAAGUGACCUGAAGGAACGCAUGAGCACCAUGGAGCAGAGUGUAAAGGAACGCAUGAGCACCAUGGAGCAGAAUAUGAAGGACAGCAUCAACGAGCUGCACCGCAAGAUCGAGAAGCUCAUGGUCGAAGCAGGGCGCUCCACCAGCCCAGCAGCCGGUGAAUGCCUUGAGUCUCAUUGA